AUGAUACUAAGUGGAAAUUUAUUAAUAAUAACAUUAGUGGCAACUGUUGACCAGCUAAAAAUUCCGAUGUUCUUCCUUCUCAAGCACUUGGCUACAUCUGAUGUCCUACUGACCACGUGUGUGGUCCCCAUGACUCUGGAGGUCAUUAUUAAAGAUGAAGGAAGAGUAUCACUGGCUGGUUGCAUCACUCAACUUUAUUUUAUAGGUACUUGCAGCUGUUCACAAAGUUUUAUUAUUGCGGUCAUGUCCUACGAUCGGUAUUUGGCUAUUUGUAAUCCCUUACGCUAUUCAUCCCUUAUGAACUCCCAUAUUUUUUCCCAGUUGAUCAUCGGGUUAUGGGUUUUGGUUAUCAUUUUAAUGUCAAGUGAAAUGAUCGUGGAAUUUCAAUUUAAUUACUGUGAUCUUAAUUUUAUAGACCAUUAUUUCUGUGAUUUUGGACCGCUGGUUAAAUUGUCCACCUCCGACAUUUCUGCUUUGAUGCUCCAAGACUUUGUUAUUUCUAUUGUUACAAUAUUUGUACCAUUUACGUUCAUUAUUGUAACAUAUGUCUGUAUUCUAGUCACUAUUCUGAAGAUAUCUUCCAUUUAUGGCCAAAGAAAAGCCUUCUCCACUUGUAGUUCACAUUUGGCUGUGGUUUGUGCUUAUUAUGGAACAUUGAUCACUGUUUAUGUGGUUCCAACUGAUGAGAGCUCAACCAACAUGAAUAAAUAUAGGUCCCUCCUCUACACUGUGGUGUCUCCAUUGAUGAAUCCUAUCAUAUAUAGCCUGAGAAACCAUGAGAUCAAGAGAGCUCUGCAGAAAAUGAUGGCUACUUUUAAGACUUUUGUCAGGUAG